UGAAUGCUAGCAAUAUUGAAUGCAACAAUAUUGAAUUAUUUUUUUAAUUUCAGUUGCAUCAAAACUGUUAGUUGUAUUUAAGUUUUCGAUUUAUUAUGAAAACUUUUCAGUUAAUAAAGUUAUAUUAUCAUACAUAAAGUCAAGGUUACAUAAAAUCUUUCAGUUAAUAUUAUAAAUGGAAAAAGAUAGCAACGAAGAAGCUGAUAGUGAUGAAGAAAUUUUGAACUAUGGCAGCAAAAAAUUGCUGACAUUUUUACAUAAUGAGGUUGUAAUGAAUUUUUCCUCAUCAGAAGAUGAUGAUGUAUCUUCAGAAGAUGAAUCAGAGCAGAGUUUAGAUUCUAGCCUUUUUAAUGACACUAGUCUUGUAAAUGAUGAAAAAAAUUCCAUCAGAUUCAAUUCAGUACUUUCACCAUCACCCCCUCCACCUCCUCUUAAACAUGCUAGACUUGAUGUACUAAAAAGUUCAGAAGUCUUACAACGGUUAAGAAAAGAAUGUGUUGUGGCUUCCACACCAGAUGACCAAAUCUGGGAAAAAAAGUGUGAAGACUUAUGCCAAAUUAAAGUUCGACUUCAUGGUGAAGUAAAAAAGUUUUUUAUUAAAAAGAAUGAGCCAUUUUUAAAGAUAAUUGAACAGAUAGCUAAACAAGAAAAAGUACCGAUAACAUGUGUUGUUUUGAACAAUAAGCUCACUACAAUUGAUGUUAAUGAUUCAGUUCAAAAACUGAACAUCACAAUAUGUGAUAUUAUUGAAUGUAUGAUAUAUGAAAAUAAUGAAGAACUUGACAAAAUAACAAUAAGUAUACAAGCAGAAUCAAAUACAAAAAGAAAAAGUAAAAUUGAUUUUAAAAUCUCUCCGAUUGAAAAGUUGUCGGAUCUUUUCAGUACAUAUUGCGAGUCCAACCAUGUUAAUAUCGAAACGACAUCAUUUACGUUUGAUGGCGAUAAAAUUGAUCCAAAUAAAACUGCAAUAGAUAUCGGUAUAGAAGAUGGUGAUGUCAUUGAUGUAAUAUUCAAUUAAGCCUCUUAUGUAAUGUUUCAUCAAUGAAAUCUUUUUUUUUAUUUUUGUUAUGUUAGUGUUUUUUUAUUUUUUUUUUUUCGAAAUGAAUUAUGUUUGUGUUUUCCGUUUUCUUUUUCAAAAUUAUUAGACUUUCAAAAUGAUUGGAUGUUAAUUUUUCUUUUAAAAUCAUUUGGAUGAAUUGGAUUUUUUUAAAGACGAGUUGAGCUUUUUUCUUUGUCGACUUUAAGUUCUGAGUCUCCGAUGCUCAAAAAAAUAUAUAUUUGUAUUUAUUUGUAAAUUUUUGUAAAUAUUUUUAGAGAACAAUUCUAUUGAACAAA